GCGCAAGGUCAUCACAAAUUCUUUCGCUUUUGCGACUUAGAUUUUGCGUUAGUUGCAUUUCCUUUCCAGGCGAACGGAGUAUAUUCUUCUGUACCUCCAUUACCUGACGAGAUCGAGGAAAGAAAGAAAAUAUUCGAUGAGACUGUAGAACGUGUUCAAGACAAAUUCUUUGCCUAUCACAGAGAAAACGUAUGUGCCGACAAUGAGAAGGAAAUUAUGGAAUGUUUAAAGGCAAAUCCUGACCGUAUCCUAAAGUGUGCUCAUCUCUCAGAAGUAUAUGAAAAAUGCGUGGCUGAUUUUCGUCAAGAGGUGCUCAAGGGAAAUUAG